AUGGCAGGUGGUUCCCGUGUGUUCGAAUACUGGGACCCAACAGCGACCAACGUGUGGCUCGUUUGCAAGCACGAUGAGCAAUGCUACCCGAUGCAGAAGGGCUUGGAGCCUGGGCACUGGGUCCUCCACAGCAGCGACAUUCCGACAGGAGCUCCAUACGCCUUUGUCAGCGAGUGGGUCCAGGA